CCCGGCGCCCGGGCCCGCGCCAUGGAGCUCUGGCUGCCGCCGUCCCCCGCGCCGCCUGGCUAGCGCGAUGCGGGCACCCCUGGCGCUCGGCCCCCUCGGGCACCAUGAGCCCCCUGCUCCGCCGCCUGCUCCUUGCUGCGCUGCUGCAGCUGGCCCGCACCCAGGCCCCCGUGUCCCAGUUUGAUGGCCCCAGCCACCAGAAGAAAGUGGUGCCGUGGAUAGAUGUUUAUGCACGUGCCACAUGCCAGCCCAGGGAGGUGGUGGUGCCUCUGAGCAUGGAGCUCGUGGGCAGUGUGGUCAAACAACUAGUGCCCAGCUGUGUGACUGUGCAGCGCUGUGGCGGCUGCUGUCCUGACGACGGCCUGGAAUGUGUGCCCAUUAGGCAAUCCCGAGUUCGAAUGCAGAUCCUCAUGAUCCAGUACCCGAGCAGUCAGCUGGGGGAGAUGUCCCUGGAAGAACACAGCCAAUGUGAAUGCAGACCAAAAAAGAAGGAGAGUGCUGUGAAGCCAGACCGGGCUGCCAUACCCCACCACCGUCCCCAGCCCCGCUCUGUUCCGGGCUGGGACUCUGCCCCGGGAGCACCCUCCCCAGCUGACAUCAUCCAUCCCACUCCAGCCCCAGGACCCUCUGUCCACGCUGCACCCAGCGCCGCCAGCGCCCUGAUCCCCGGACCUGCCGCUGCCGCUGCAGACGCCGCAGCUUCCUCCGUUGCCAAGGGCGGGGCUUAGAGCUCAACCCAGACACCUGCAGGUGCCGGAAGCUGCGAAAGUGACACGUUGUAUUUAGACUCUGCAGGGCCAUUUGCCUCACAGGCCCCUUCCUAGUGGAAGAAGAGGGGGGCAUGGGGGAACCAGCCCAGCCUGGGAGGAAGCUGCCCCAGGACCUGGACCUUUUAGAGAGCUCUCCUGCCAUCCUUGGUCUCCCGGGGCUGCCAUUUAAUAAUGGGCAAGGAACCUCAUGUCUCACAUUAGGGGAUACAUGGUACUAUCUCAGUUAAACCAUGCUGGUCAAGUGAGCAUCUUCAGACCGACUCUGCCUCCCCUCACUAUGAAGACCCCAAACCUCAACAAAUAAUGGGACAUGGGUCCUGCUAUGGUAACUGUGACGCACCCCUACCCCUUCCUGAUAAAAGAGAUGGAAGGCACUAUCGCUGCUU